UAGAUAUUCAAACGCUACCGAUAUGGUAAAGUGAAAGUAGUUUGCAUUGUAAAAUUUUUGCUGUUACUGGUCUCGUUUUCUACUGAUGAGUAAUUCAGAUGAGAUCAGCCGUGGAUAUUAGACGGUGGGUUAUCUGGUAAUGAUCUGACUUACUGGAGGUGGGUCGUACACGUAGCAACACUUCGCCACGAGUUACGUCCCUUUGCGGGGUCAGCCAAAGGUCAGUCGGACGUUGUUACUUUCAAUUUUAGCCAAUUACCAAGUUUUCAUACAAGUGAAUGAGUUGCCCCAAUCUGGGGCAUUAUUGUAGUUGACUGCAAUUGAUGGGAAAAUAACAGUUGUCAAAGCUACAGAUAGGAAAAUUACAAAGGCCAACAUAGGGAAAUAUGAUUGGCGGACAAGGGACGUAACUUGCGCGAAGUGUUGAUACAUUCAACGAUGCAUUCGGAUUCCUUAGAGCGAUGAUGAUAAAUAUUGAUCAGGAAAAUACAAUCUUCAUGAACAAAGUAUUUGUCUACGGGACGCUAAAAAAUGGACAGCCCAAUUUCUUCCGCUUGAUGGAUCCUGAUUCUGGUUCGGCAACAUUUGUCAAUGAAGGGCGAACUGUCGACAAGUAUCCUCUGGUGAUUGAGAGGUCGUGGAAUCUGCCCUGUCUCCUAAACGAACCAGGAACUGGAAUGGUAGAUAUCAGAGGGAAUGUCAAAGGUGAAAUUUAUGAUGUGGAUGAAAAGAAAAUGAAGUUUCUGGAUUACUUUGAAGACCAUCCAGACAUGUACAGAAGAACUCUCAUUUCAGUGGAACAUAAAAGUUCUGUUAAAACUCAACCCAAUGUUCCAGAUUCUCACACAGGUACUCCAAAUUCCCAAGAAAACCAACCGAGCACUCAUUCUUGUACAGUUGCUCCAAAUUCCCAAGCAAGCCAACCGAGCUCUCGUUCUGAGUGCUGGUGCUAUUUUUAUAAUCAUGAUGGGUCUCUCUCUGAACUUCCUCACAUGGAUAAUUAUGAUUCUAAAGGGAAUCAUGGAUUAGAGUAUGACAGAAGUGUGGAUGUGGAAUUUGAUAAUUGAAAUCCUGAUAUUUCAUUGGUUCAAAGAUGAAGAGCUCAUGUACGAUUUCUUUAUUUUGUAUUUCGUGUGAUGAUAUAUUUUCAUUCUUUAAACAUCUGUAUGCGCUAAACUGGGUUAAAUGUGAGGGAAAAUAAUCCUUCAUUAUUUACUUGUGUGGGAUUGGGAAAUCCCACCUCUGGAAGAAGAUUCGCUGUCUAGGACUCAACAAAGCAUCAUCCUAGACUGAGAAUAUUGUCCCUCCGAUGGAAUUCCCUAUCUCACACUCGUACUAAAGAAGGAUCCUAUGGAUUUUACUACAUUAAAAUCAGGUGGAGUAACCUUAAUAAAGCACGUUUCUGCGGUUA